GCCAAUGUGGUCCCAUCAGCCGCCAGACGUCAGGACUGAGGAACCGAGAGGAGGGCUGGGGAUCUUGGAGCCCCCCUGCAGGGCCCUGAGCUGGGCAACCAUCUCGGUCCCCUGGCCCUCUGGAGGGUGGCCGGCACUCAGCUCAGCCCUUUUCUUCCCCCACCCCCAGCUCAGGAGGCAGACACAUCAUGUUCUCCAGGAAGAAGCGGGAGCUGAUGAAAACCCCAUCCAUUUCCAAAAAGAGCCGGGCAGGAAGCCCCAGCCCCCAGGCCCCCUCGGAGCUUCCCAGGAAGGAUGCCUCGGAGCUCUCAUCUCAUGCCGCUGGACUGGACUCAUCUCCUGGAGGGACUAAGUUGGGCUCGGGGACUGUGGGCACUCUCAAGCGCCCCACCAGCCUGAGCCGCCAUGCUAGCGCUGCCGGCUUCCCCCUCUCAGCCCCAGGUACCUGGACACUGGGCCGGGGUCAUAGAAGCCCCAUGACCAACAACCCAGUGGAUGGCAGCGAUGGGCCUUUUGUGGAAGUGGAGGACAUCUCCCAGCUGCUGGCCCACGUGGCCCGAUUUGCCGAGGCCUUGGAGAAACUCAAAGACACGGUUCUGAGAGAUGAGCAACUGGAUGCUCGGCGACCAUUGGCCCACGAAUGCUUGGGCGAAGUCCUGCGGGUCCUCCGACAGGUCAUUGGCAAAUACCCCCUGCUCAACACUCUAGAGACUCUCACGGCUGCCGGGACCCUCAUCUCCAAGGUCAAAGGGUUCCAUUAUGAAUCAAACAAUGAGGCUGAUAAGCGGGAGUUGGAGAAGGCUCUGGAGACCAUUGCCGUAUCCUUCAGCAGCACUGUGUCCGAGUUCCUCAUGGGUGAGGUGGACAUCAGCACCCUCCUGUCAGUGCCUCUUAGUGACCAGAACCAGUCCGUGGAAAACCUCUAUGGAGACCUCUCGGGGCCGUGCACAGACAGCAUAUCCCCUGGUACCGAACCUUAUGGCUGCCUGCUGGCGGACGACGUGGACGUGGUGCUGCAGCGCUGCGAGGGGGGCGUGGACGUGGCCUUGCAGUACGCCAAGAACAUCGCCAAGUACAUGAAAGACCUCAUCUAUUACCUGGAGAAGCGGACGAUGCUCGAAAUGGAGUUUGCCAAGGGUCUGCAGAAGAUUGUCAACAGCUGCAAACAGACCAUCACCCAGGAGCCUCACAUGCCUUUCCUGUCCAUCUAUUCCCUGGCCCUAGAGCAGGACAUGGAGUUUAGCCAUGGGAUGCUGCAGGUGGUGACCACCCUGCAGAACCAGACCUUAAUGCAGCCCCUGACCCUGCGGCGGCUGGAGCACGAGAAGAAAAGGAAGGAGAUCAAGGACCAGUGGCAUCGGGCCCAGAGGAAGCUGCAAGAAGCGGAGACCAACCUGCGGAAGGCAAAGCAGAGCUACAUGCAGCGCUGCGAGGACUACGAGAAGGCCAAGUACCUGACCGUGAAGGCCGAGGAGGAGCAGGGCAGCGGCGGGGCGGCGGGCGCGGGCGGGGGGCCCAGCAGCGCCGCCACCAAGGCCCUGGACAAAAAGAGACGCCUGGAGGAGGAAGCCAAGAACAAGGCAGAAGAAGCCAUGGCCACCUACCGCACCUGCAUUGCCGACGCGAAGACGCAGAAGCAGGAGCUGGAGGACGUGAAGGUGAACUCCCUGCGCCAGAUCCAGGAGGUCAUCAAGCAGAGCGACCAGAUCAUUAAGUCGGCCACCAUCUCCUACUACCAGACCAUGCACAUGCAGACGGCCCCGCUGCCCGUCUACUUCCAGACCAUGUGCGAGAGCAGCAAGCUCUACGACCCGGGGCAGCAGUACGCCUGCCACGUGCGGCAGCUGCAGCGCGACGUGGAGCCCGACACGCAGUACGACUUCGAGCCCUACGUCUCUCACAACACCUGGUCGCCCUUAGUCCGGGCGCGGAAAUCCAGCUUCACGGCCAAUGAGUCGAGCGGCGGCACGGAGGGGAGCACGGUGGCGGGCUCCGAGGGCGGGGCGGUGCCCAAGGAGCGGCGGGGUGGACGGGGCCACCAGGUCCAUAAGUCAUGGCCCAUCUCCAUGACAGACUCUGAUAGCAGCUUGGACCCCAGCGCCAAUGGUGCAGCAGGGGACUUCCAGAAGAUGGAGCGGACCCCCUCCAGCGGCACCAUGUCAUCCAGCGAGGAGCUAGCCGACAAGGAGGGCCACGCCUCCGCCUUCGAACAGACAGACCUCAACGGCAUCGCCCCCGACAUCCCGGUACCCACCGGCCCCUUCCGAAACGUGGGGCUCUCCAAGGCAGCGCAGACCCACCGGCUUCGAAAGCUGCGCACUCCUUCCAAGUGUCGUGAGUGCAACAGCUACGUCUACUUCCAGGGAGCUGAGUGCGAGGAGUGCUGCCUGGCGUGCCACAAGAAAUGUCUGGAGACGCUGGCCAUCCAGUGCGGCCACAAGAAGCUCCAGGGAAAGCUCCAGCUGUUCGGACAGGAUUUUCAGAAGGCAGCCCAGGGCACCAGUGACGGCAUCCCCUUCAUCAUCAAGAAGUGUCUGUCUGAAAUCGAGCGGCGGGCGCUCAGAACCAAGGGAAUCUACCGGGUCAAUGGCGUCAAGACCCGUGUGGAGAAACUCUGCCAGGCGUUUGAGAAUGGCAAGGAGCUGGUGGAGCUGUCCCAGGCCUCCCCGCACGACAUCAGCAACGUCCUGAAACUCUACCUGCGGCAGCUGCCCGAGCCCAUCCUUUCAUUCCGCCUCUAUCAUGAACUCAUGGGGUUGGCCAAAGAGAGCCUUCAAGCCGAGGCAGAAGCCAAGGCGAGUCGGGGCCGAACUGAAUCUGACAGAGACAAGGAGCAGGAUACAGAAGCCAUGAUAAGCAGGCUCCGGGACCUGUUAAAGGAGCUGCCCCCAGAGAACAAAGCCACGCUCAAGUACCUCAUUCGGCACCUUCGGAGGAUUGUGGAGGUGGAGCAGGACAACAAGAUGACUCCUGGCAACCUGGGCAUUGUCUUUGGGCCCACUCUCCUACGCCCCCGGCCCACCGAGGCUACUGUGUCUCUCUCCUCCCUGGUGGACUACCCCCACCAGGCCCGCAUUGUGGAGACCCUCAUAUCCCACUACAAUGUGAUCUUUGAGAUCCCUGCUGGGGAGGCGCAAGAGGAGAGCCCCGACAGUGAGGAUGGACCGGCUUCUGAGCAUCCUAGGGGUGAGAUACCCUUCUUGGAGGUGAGCGAAGACACACAGGAUCUGGAUUUCCAAACGGAGGCAUAUAGAGAAUCCAUUAACCGUUCCAAUGACUCGGACUCUGAACUAGAAGACAGCUCGGAUUUGCAAGUGUCCGACGGCGCCAGCGCCCUACGCCGACUCAGCCUCCUGAUGAAGCAGGAAAGCGAGACGAGCACGGAGGAAGGGUCCCAGAGCCACAGCGGGAGUGUGGAGUGGCUGGACCCCGUUGUCAGAGAGGAGCAGAGCGACGGCGACGACGAUCAGGAGCCGGGCAGAGAGGGGCUGGUCCUGCAGCUCUCCUCCUACAACGCCAACCAGUCCAACAACACCCUCCCGGCAGGGCUCGCCCCUGCCCCCGGGACUCGGCCAGGCGGCUGGCAGCUUCCCGCAAUCAGGCUGAGGGGUGGGAAGCUCACCAUGGGCACUCAUGGGGAAAGGCGGCCAGAGUUUGUGUGAACGGAGGCAAUCAGCAGAGGAUUUGAUCUCUGCUACAAAGUUUUGGGGAAGUAAUACUAUUUGAGACAGAAACCCGUAGAUCUGCAGCUGGUUCUGGGCAGAGAUGGAGCUGCUCCAGAUGAUGUUCUGCAGAGCUGCACAAAGGCAGCUUUGUCGAAUGUAGAUCAGUUAGACAAGGCUGCCACAGCUCCAGUCAUCCCAGGUCACUUUUUCCCUGGUCCCCCUAUGGGAGUUUCACUGAGUUUUUUCACUUUUUUUUUCUCCAUGGAUGCGGAAAUAUCUCCAUCCGGGGCAUCCUAAUUCCUGCUAUCUGGCUUGCUGCUUCAGAGGGCCAGAACUCUUAUUUUAAAACAAUGGGUUGCUUUUUUUUAAAUGGUUUUAAUUUUUAUUUUUUUGAUGUUGGGAGGCGAAGGAUCUCUCAAGGGGGAAAUGUAAAUAUGAUGUAUCCCCUGAGCCAUCUUGGAUUCAGUGCCCCCAGAGACCCAAAUGCUUUUAAUGUAUUAUUAUAAGAGGUAGGGAGUAGGCGGGUUCCUUCUCUUUUAAAGCUGGUCUCCAGUAACUUUACCAGGCCCCUGGUGGGCCUAGCGUGACUAAAAAAAUGAACCUGACUUCCAGGCUACAACCUUUGUACAGCAUUAGGUUCCUGAUCUACUAGGAGCUCUGGUGGGCGAACAAGACUUUUAAGCUUUGCAAAAUCUGCAAGUGUGAUCCUUCACAGGUAGAAGUUCAAACAAAAACCCAUUUUUCUAAUUCAGACCUAGCCUUCCACCUCUCUCCCAAAGAUUCUGAGGUGUCUGUCAGGGUCACUUUGAUCCCAGUGGGGUGGUCAUGGCUGGACUUAUUCUCACAAACUGGGAAAAUGCCUUUCCAGCUCUGGACUACUAGUAUGUAGUCAGAAGUGCACUUAGGAGGAUCCUGAGCCAGGAGCUAAUCUGGAUGUUCCCCCCACUGAUCCUUUAGAGCAUUUCCAGGUGACAGCAGUAUAAAAUGUCGUGGGAAUGCUGGCCAGAUUCUUUUCUCCCUGACGUUGACUCGUACCGCUCAGUUCAUAUACCAUCCUUACCAACUUGCCAAAACUUAACUCUCAUUAAAACCAUUUAAGUAUACACAUCAACACUGCUUUAAGGCUCACAAAAAGCUUUCCUCCCAAUAGCCCAGGGAGAUCACAUGCGAGGUUCCUCCUUACCAAAUGGUUGCCCAAGGCUAGGGUUAUAAACUUGUUCCUGGUCACCCAGCCACUGUUAAUGGUAAGAGCUGAGAUCCAAGUUUGAGUCUCAAGUCUUUCCUUUGUGCCAUAUGGAGCGCUCCUGGGUCUCAUUUUCAUCCCUUAGCAGGAUAUGAAGCUUGCUUGGGGCUGCUUGUAGAAACUCUCGAAAUAAAGAUUGUUCUACAAACUGAGACACUGUUUCGGCUGUGGGCAAAGCAUGUUAGCUGCCAUGGUCGGAGAAAUCUCUCUAGUGGUCCUGUGGAAGCACAACACUCGUGGUUUGUACAAAUGUUUAUUCAUCUUGCUGGGAAUUCUGAAAUGCAUUGCUUAAAAAUAAAAUCUGGAGCUCA